AGAAAACUAUAAGGGUCCAAUAGACCAUACACCGUUAAAUUGUUUACUCUUUUUUAUUAUUAAAUUUGUUUUUAAUGAAUGUUUUUGUGAUCUGAGGGAAAUUUACAACUUAAAAUGAAUGAAGAAGUGGACAAAGAAACAAGGAAAAUGAAUAGGCAAAAUCUUAUAAAUAAAUUGAAGAAGAUGAACGAAAAUCGAGCACUUAUUGAUCCGGAAGAGGAAAAGAAAAAAGAAAUGAUGCUUUUCGAAAAACUUUAUAAAGAACAGAAGGAUGAAUCAGAGGAGCAUCAUACGUACAAAGUCAUACCGAAAUUCUAUUUCAAGGUUCCAUCAGAAGAUGAGUGUCUACUUCAAAAAUUAAGGGAGGAAUCAAGGGCAGCUUUUCUUCAGAGAAAAGGCCGCCAACUUCUUGAUCAGGACGAACUGCAAGGUUUAUGGUACUUGCUAGACAAACACCAUACUCCUCCUAUGGUAGGCGAAGAACAAAUGAUCAACUAUGAAGAUUUCUUAAAGGUUGCUAAUCAAGCGGGACCAAAAUGCAAGCCGUUUUUUAAAUCAACAGUAUACGCUAAAUUAUUAGGAAAUGAUCCUCACGGUCGCAUUCCCAUUCUUCAAUUUUUCAAUUAUGUAAUGAGGAAGGUUUGGCUACAUCAAACCAGAAUUGGUCUAUCUUUAUACGAUGUUGCUGGUCAAGGAUAUUUGAGAGAAUCUGAUUUAGAGAAUUAUAUUUUGGAAUUAAUCCCAACACUUCCACAAUUGGAUGGUCUUGAAAAAUCAUUCUAUUCAUUUUACGUCUGUACUGCAGUAAGGAAAUUUUUCUUUUUCCUGGAUCCAUUAAGAACUGGAAAAAUUCGUAUUCAAGAUAUUUUGGCUUGCCGUUUCUUGGAUGAUUUGUUAGAACUCAGAGAUGAAGAUUUAAGUAGGGAACAAUUGGAAUGUAACUGGUUCUCAGCACCGAGUGCCCUCAGAGUUUAUGGUCAAUAUCUUAAUUUGGAUAAAGAUCAAAAUGGAAUGUUGAGUAAACAGGAAUUAUCUAGAUAUGGAACUGCAACUUUAACUAAAGUUUUUAUCGAUAGAGUAUUUCAAGAAUGUCUUACUUAUGAGGGAGAAAUGGACUACAAGACUUAUUUGGAUUUUGUUCUCGCUUUGGAAAAUAGAAAAGAGCCGCAAGCUUUGCAGUACAUUUUUAGAUUAUUAGAUGUACAACAGAAAGGAUUUUUAACUAUCUUUGAUCUUAAUUUCUUUUUUAGAGCGAUAAUAGAAAAAAUUAAGGAGCAUGGCCAAGAACCUGUCUCGUUCCUCGACGUCAAAGAUGAGAUUUUUGACAUGAUUAAGCCGGCAGAUCCAUAUAAAAUUACUAUUCAGGAUUUAAUUAAAAGCUGUCAGGGUGACCUAGUUGUCAGCAUACUAAUCGAUUUACGAGACUUCUUUUCCUACGAAAAUCGGGAGUUUAUAGUUAAUGAGCAAAUGAAGGAUUCAAAGGAUGGUACUAAUUCUUCGAAUGAGAAAGGUCAAGUCGAUCUGGUUCUACUGUUGUCAAUAUGCUUAUUGAUCUUGAAGGUUUUUUCACUUACGAACAACGUGAAUUUAUCAUUGCUCAACAAGCAGAGGAACAAGAUGAAUAAGUCAUCUGUAACCUUAAAGACAAUUUGUUCCUAUUAAUUUUCUAAAGGAUCUAAUUAACAAAAUAAACAAGAUAAUUAUGCUUCACAAAUAAAUAAGAAAAGAAAACAGUCAUACUAUAGCAAAUAAUCUAUGGUUUGUUGGUAAGAAACCUCAUUAACUGUGCAUGUCCUGCAAUUAAAACAGUGAAAUAUAAAUACCAUACCAGUUUGUAAUCUGCUAGUUGGCAACAUUAUAAAUAGGAUAUAUUUAGUUAAAUGUAAAUAAUCUUUACAAACAAACGUUUGGUAAUUUUUAUUUAUGUCGCCUCUU